GCGACUGAGAGGGAUAUAAUGACGGUCAAGUGGUGGUGGGUUGUUGUCGUUUCAGUAUCAGACAAUAUGGCACCCAUAUGACAUCGGCAUUGUUGUGGAAAGGCUUGAGCACUAUUUUUAUUUACUUUAUUUUGAUUUGAAAUUCGCCGAGUAUAUCCCGAGUGGAGUGAAAAAUGUCACACGUACAGUACGUGGAUGAAUUGGUUAAGGAGUAUCUGCUGUUCAGGGGCUUCAGCCAGACCCUCAAGGCAUUUGACAAUGAGCUCAAAGCUGAGAAGGAAAAGGGAUUCAGAGUCGACAAAAUAGUGGAUCAACUCAUGCAGUAUAUUUUCACGUUUGAUCUCAUGUCACUCAGGGAAUUGUGGGGCCACUUGGACACUAAAAUGUUCUCACGUUUGGAGAAUCAUUUCACACCUGGUGUUAGGAAACUGGAGAAUGCAGUUUUGAAAAUGUAUCUGGUUAAUGCCACUGUUAACAAUAAACCUGAGAGGAUUCAGGAGUUUUUUACGAAACUCACGCCUGAGUUGCAGGGCCACUCGGAGUGGAAAGACUGGUUUGCUUAUCCAUUCAUCAAAAACCCGGAGGACAAUCCAACGUACUCUGUACACUUCAGCAAACAGUGGCAAGACACUAUGCUCGUAUCUCUCCACAACUUUUUAGCUACGAUAUUCCAAUGCAUGCCACAACCAACAUUACUAACAAUCGACGAGGAUUCAAACAAGUUGAAACGCUUGCAAGAGGAGAAUGAAGCCCUGAAGCAAUGUCUGAGUGACUCCACAAAAAUUGAAAGUAUUUCAGACGUAAAUCCUGGAUCUACCCCCCACCAUCCACCUAUUAUGGAUGAUUUCUACAUAAUUGCUCAAGAAUCACCGUUGAUGGAGAAUCCCAAAACCCUGAGGAGUCUGAUAAAAAACAUAGGAGGCGGCUCCAGUCCCAUUCUCCACCGCAAAUCCCUGUCGAGUGCAAAGAAAAAUAGUGAGGACGUAACAUUAACAAAAAGAACCAAUACCAAAGGACGUGUCAAUUCCCUGAGUAAAGGUGAAAUUGUCAGCAAGAGGAGUAUGAGCUGUGAUUCGAGAUUAACGAGAAAGAGGGACUCGUCAGUGGACACUGCGAUCGAGAGGAAAACCAAAGAUAAAAUUGAGUCUAGUUACAUCUUACUCAGUCAGGAAGAAUACACAGAGCAUAAAACGUCAAUAAUACAAUGUAAGAGCAAUGCCUCUGGGUCUUACGUUGCCACUGGAGAUGCCGAUGGUAUCAUCAAAGUCUGGACACCCAUACCAUCACCAAAGACUGUAGCCACAUUCACAUCCACAACCCCAACCUCAAACAAAGCUGUAACAUCUCUCGACUGGAUAUCAAAAAACGAGCGCUACUUCCUCCACGGUGAUAACAACGGAUCAAUUCAACUCCACGACACACGAGACUGCAAAACCCUUUGGGAAAUUCAACACGAAGGCUCAAGAAUCCUCACCCUCCUGUGCAACCCCUCAGACUCGACCUUCGUCUGCUCACUGUCCAAUCCCACCGAGGGUAAACUUCUCCUCUACGACGUGAAGACUAAAAAACUUGAGAGAACACUGCCAAUGGACGGCAACGUGACUGCUCUCUGCUCUGCCUUCAAUCACAACGGACAAUUGCUCAUAACAGGUCUGUCCAAUGGAAACAUAUUGAUCCACGAUUUGAGGAGAAACGAGAUAAUAGAUAAUGUGAGCUGUCACUCGAGUCCUGUGAUAGACAUCGAGCUCAUAAACGAUUACACCAACAUCUGUGCACAGAGUGAGGAGGGAAAGUUGUGCCAGAGAAGUCUGAAUCAUACGGGUAAAGUCAUGUGGGAGACGAAGAUUAAAAUCGAGAAGAAUGCUGUACAUGGAAAGCUGUUUACUUUCGAUCAGAGUGGGAGUCAUAUGCUGCUUUGCACGCAGAAUGGAGGCAACAUCUACAAGAUGCCACCAGGGGCUCAGGCAAAAGUCCUUGAACUUGGCGGACACAAGGGAACCCUGUGCUGCGACUGGUCCACUGCCAAUCAAUCCGGUACAUGCAUCACAGGUGGAGCCGAAGGAAAAGCCAGAGUAUCAACAUUACUCUCUCCAUGAUACAGGAAUAAAAUUAGCAUGUGUAUAAAUUCGUGAAUAUUCCAGGAGAACCGUUAUUGGUAUUGAUUUUAUAAUGAGAUCGCGAUGAAUCACUUAGGGAUAUUAAAUUGUAGAUAUUGUCACAUAAUGUAAUAAAAAUUUGUAUUAAAAGGAGUACUUGGAA